AUGGAUACCUUCCUGACCGGGCUUACCCGCCAGGCGAUGAACUAUGCUAUACGCUCGGGAAUCACAAUCACUGCGAGCUAUGCUAUGCGCCAGUCAUCUCGCCUUCUCAAAAAUGUUGAAAGCGAAGAUCGCGAUGAGCUACUUGCAUUGCAGCAACGACUGGAAAGCAAGAUCCAAGUUAUUGCUCCCUCGAUUGAUAUGAUCGAAUUAAUUGCUGCGCGGGGCAAUACGUCAUUGGAAUCCGCUGUCAGUCUCACCAAGUCUCUGAGGUGGGAUAUCCAAGCCUUAGGGCAGCGGUUAGCCAAGGCUGCCUCCUCUGAAGAGUUGAGGCGAAAAGGGGCUAAAUCAUCCAAAGACCUGCCGCAUGCCGCAGCAGAGCUCAAGCUCAUCAUCAAAGACAUCAAAAAGCUGUUAGUACGAAUCGAAGAUGCCGUGCCACUUAUGAAUUUGGCUAUCACUACUUCUGGUGCCAAACUUUCCACGAAUCUACCAGCAACAGUUUCGCCGUCACGGCUUCUCCAGGCUAGUGCAUUCCUUAACGCAGGUGACUCGCUGUACUCCAUGUCCCCGUCCCAGGCCGCUCAAGUGGGGCCCACAUUCACGCUAUCAAUGUACAUGCUGUUCGCUAGCCAUUUGCGACCCCAUGAUGAGGAAUCUGUGCGGGAAGCGACAUGGAAGGAAGUCAUGCACAAGGCGCGUUUGAAGCUACGACGUGUUCCAAUACGCUCGCUGCAGUCUCCAGAUCAGCAUCCAAAAGGCGGGCUUCCAGGGCCAGCUGGAGCUGAUGAAUAUGCAUACCAAGUUUUGCUGAUUGAAGACCUGGACGAUGGGCGCGUUCAUACUUUUGACGAGAAUGAACCACAGCCCUCAAGCUACGAGGGUGUACCCAGUGCAGGCAUACGGGAAAUCCUACCCAUUCACCAGAUUUCCAAGAUCUUUUAUGCCGAUACGGGGAAGAUUCUCAACAUAAGUACAGAAGGAGAAACGAACAAUCCGAUACUUCUCUUGAAGCGAGAUGUGAAUGCUCUUCCUCCUCGGCGGAUGAUGGAAAGCGAUGAGGUAGACAACUUUUCCCCGGAGGAGUCGGAAGAUGAACCAGAAGACGAAGAGCAAGCCCAGCUCGACGCACAGCUGAAUGGAAACGAGCAUUCAACGAAUGAAAGUUUCAGCUCGCUCCACCAAGACUCCAUACCAGAAGAAUGGCGCCUGCCAUCUGGACUGGAUCCCGAAUGGAUUGCAUUUGAAGUUUUUAACGAAGACGAAACGUCUGAUACAGACUCCGACACCGAAGCUGGCGAUUCUUCAACAGCCGAAACUUCAAUUGACCCAACACUAAUCGCCAACCUAUCCAUAGAAGAAAAAGGCCAUUCUUCGCUUUCAUCACCCUCAUCACCUCGUGGCAAAAAAUCGACUCAAUCAGCUGCCACAACAACUGUCUCGAACCCCCUCUUCAACAACGUCCGUACCUCACUCUCCCAACUUGAGACACUCCUCCGCUUGACGUCCCUGCAACAAUUCCAACAACAAUCCCAUCUGUCUAUCAGUGACGAACUCCUGAACUUCUUCUUAGAAGAAUCCUCUACCACCGGUGCUGGCGGCGACGAACAACACCGCCAACGGCUCCGUUCCGAUGCCCGUCGCCGUGUUGGCUGGGACCCUUACAAUGAAAGCCCCGUCAAACAUCGUGGUGAGGACUAUCAAUACGGCUGGGAGCCUGGUAGCAGCCCUUAUCAACACAGCGGAGAUCCCUACUCCCCCAGCGGACGCGCGCAGGGCUUCCAUCUUCGUUCUAGGGAGAACACACCCGAAACUCCGGUGCGCAAGGGUUCACCCAAUGUCCGUCCCAGCGGUCUACGUGGUAUGACUCCGGCGUAUGGCGACUCUCCUCUUUCCAAAAAGGGGUAUUCAAACCUCAGAGAUGAAGAGACCAGAACUGCGGAAUGA